AUGGCCGAAGUUUUUAUAGUAAAUAAUAUCACGGCAGAUACUACGAUACAAAAGUGUCGCGAAGUUUUCGCUAGAUUUGGUUUACCCAUGCAAGUUGUGUUAGACAAUGGACCUCCUUAUAAUCCAGCUACAAAUGGGUUAGCCGAACGUUUCGUACAAACGUUAAAGAAGUCUUUACGCACAAUAAAUACAUCAAAUUCAAAUUUACAAGCAGCUCUGCAACGAAUACUAAUGCAGUACCGAAUCACUCUGCACUGUACAACAGGAACCUCUCCGGCUGAAUUAAUGUUUAAUAGGAAAAUUAGAUGUAGUUUAGACAUAAUGUGCACUAAAAAUGACGAAAAUGUACAAGAAUACGAUGUUGAAAGCGUGCGAAAUUUUAAGAAAGGGGAGAGACGACACAUAAAUCAGAUGAGACCGAUUGGAGAGUACACCCCUUCACGUUUAUUGUCCGAAGAUAAAAGUCCAAACAGACACAUAGAUUAUGCAGUAAAUACAGAACCCCAGCAAGCAGUGGAUCCGUUAAGAAAUAAUAGAGUAGAAGAACCAUGCGUUGUAGAACAACCAAUUAAUGUACAACAAAUUCGUAGAUCAGAUAGAACUAGAGCACCGCCUAUAAGAUACGGUGACGUUAGAGUUCAUUAA